AUGGCAUCUGCUGGGUUUCAGAUGUUGGGCACAGCCCUGGGUAUCAUUGGCUGGAUCGGGGCCAUCGUGGUCUGUGCUCUUCCUCAAUGGAAGGUCACAGCCUUCAUCGGCGAGAACAUAAUCACAGCCCAAACCACUUGGCAAGGCAUCUGGAUGAACUGUGUGGUCCAGAGUACAGGUCAGAUGCAGUGUAAGGUAUACGACUCCAUGCUGGCACUACCCCAGGACCUCCAGGCCGCUCGUGCUCUCAUCAUCAUCUCUAUCAUGAUGGGCCUGGUGGGCAUCCUGCUCUCCGUGGCCGGGGGCAAGUGCACCAACUGCGUGGAGGAUGAGAGGGCCAAAUCCAGAAUAGGCGUGGGCUCGGGUGUAGUUUUCAUCAUCGCUGGCAUCCUGUGUCUCAUCCCCGUCUGCUGGUCGGCCAACACCAUCAUCAGGGACUUUUACAACCCCAUGCUGAUGAGCUCUCAGAAGAUGGAGCUGGGGGCUGCGCUCUACAUCGGAUGGGGGGCCGCGGCCCUCAUGAUCAUGGGAGGAGGGUUCCUCUGUGCCAACUGUCCCCCUAAAGAGGACAAUUACCCCACUAAGUACUCAGCUGCCAGGUCCACAGCACCCAAGGACUAUGUUUGA